AUGUUAGAGAAGACAUUCAUAAUCCUUAACUCCAUUACAGGUGCAAUCGUUGUUUUUGGUAAUGCAGUGGUGUUUUUAUCGAUAGUGUUUACUUCGCGUCUUCGACAGCAAAAGGUGAACUUGUUUCUCGCGUCUUUGGCUAUCGCGGACAUGAUAAUGGGCGCAUUUGUGGCUCCUGGCUAUGCAACAUUUUGCUUGGGUUGUAGGCAGUACGCUGUGAGUAAUUACUGCUGGCUUCUUGAAUUUCCGAAAGACGUUGUCCUCGCCGGGAGUAUCACUAAUCUAUUCGCCAUUUCCUUCGAUCGCUAUUUGGCAGUUUUCCGACCUCUCCAAUACGAGAACGUUAUGACCAGACGUCGAUGUGUAAACAUUCUAAUCGCGGUGUGGAGCGUCUCAGUCAGCACUGCUGUCGUGCGCAGCAUUCUCUAUCUUACAAUAACUGGCCCCGAAAUAACUGCAGUCAACGGGGUUUAUAAUAGCAUACUCAUGGCAGUUGUUCUCGUCACUCCUUCCAUAAUGGUUUCCAUUAUCAACAUCAAAAUCAUAAUAGCGAUCAGAGUACAAGGUCGUCAAGUGGCUGUGAUGCGAAACCCACAGGAUGUAAGUGAAGCUGAAAACCUUGAAGAAAUUCGAGCAGAAGCGAACCGGAAACGAAAAGGGACCAUUGCUUGCGCCCUCGUGGUUAUAAUAUUUGUGGUUUCGUGGAUUCCACGGAUCUCAUUUAACAUCCAAUACCUAGUCAGUGGAGACACCCAUGAAAUUGACGCACUGCUGCAAAAGCUGUCUAUGUUUUUCCUUCUGAUGCAGUCUUCAGUGAAUCCUUUCAUAUAUUCGUUUUACAGAGCUGACUUCCGACAAGCCGUCGCCAGAUUACUGAGAUUCGGUACUUAA